AUGCCUCAUAAAGCCGAACUCGAGGUAACGCCAUCAAAUGGCACCUCUACAACCGAAAUCAAAAUGCCAACUAAUUCACUUAAGACCAAUAAUGACGACAUCCGAAAAACAUCUCGACUCAUCCUGGAUAUCAUUUUCGAAUACGCCCUGAACAAAUUCGAUGACUCCAAGGAUAGACUGGAGGCUGGUGCCAACACGUUCCUCGACGUAAUAGACCGUUUCGUGGCUGAGGGAAAGCGAGUGGACUCAUGUUUGCCUGCAUUCCCCUUCAAGUCUGCAAACAAAGUGUACAAAGUUUUGGGGACUUUGCCUGACAUGGCUGAACAAUUGGCCCUUGAGCGGCUAAAUACCAUGUGCGCACGUAUACGGGACGUAUAUCCACCGGGUGCCCAAGUCACCAUUAUUUCAGAUGGUAUCACAUACAAUGACCUUCUCUCAAUAUCCGACCAAGACACAUGGGCGUAUGGGGAGGCGCUACGCAAGAUGGCUAUUGACAAGAAGUUCGGUUAUAUCAACUUUUCCAGAAUGAAGGAUCUGCUUGAAUUUCCCCUUCCUGACAAGCUCACUGAAAUUACAUACGUUGCGAACUGCACGACCUUUCGGCGCCUGCUGAUAAAUCGAUAUGGUCGGGAUGACCUUGAUAUCGACCAAGAGAUCACAGCAAAUCCCGACACAAAGCUCACAUAUCUCGGGUACAAGAGGUUCUUAGAGUCGGAUUUGAAACACAUCUUCCCUCGUGGUGUCGGUCGAAGUGCACAUAGCUACAAGAGGGACUGCAAAUACCUAGCCAAACAGAUGCUCUUGCGAGGAUAUGCUUUUGCUGGUGCAGUCAAGAACGCAUUCCCCAAUUAUCUACGACUCUCUAUUCAUGAGUCCGUUGGUUUGAACAAAGUGUCUGUAUGCUUGUUGAAUACUAAAACCGGGUUCACAACUCCAUGGCAUUGCGCUGUUGCCCAAUUAGCCGAUGGUGAAUGGGUCAGCGCUCCAAUGGGCGAAUUUGCCAAAGACAACAGACUAGAGGUUGUAUACGUUGAUGGGCGUCCCAGCCAUUUUAAGGAGAAACCUCGUGAGAAUGGUGCUUUGGCCAUUAGCGAGUCCACUGCAACCUAUCUCCAAGCAGCUCGGGCCGUAAAUGCAACUGGAUACCUCAGUGGAACGUCAACUCCGGGUACUGCGUCACCUAAAUCUUUCUCAACAUCCCCCCCUCGCACAAUGGUCCGAAGCAAUGGUGGCACUACCCCUGAAACUGAGUCUCCUCCCACCCUUCCAAAGAGCGGCCUUGGCCUUGUGCUAGACAAUAAGCCGGACAAGUCCAAUGUGCCGAAAAGGUCUAAUGUGCUGCCAUCCGUCCCAUAUGGCAAGCGACUAAUUCCACAGAUUAUGGACGAACUGUCAGUUUCCCAACCUGAUAGAGUUGUGUUCUCCCUGGCAACUCUUUCUGGCAGUGAUCUCGUUUUCAGAGACAUUACCGCCCGUGCAUUCAACAAGGCUGUCGACAAAACUGCUUGGUGGCUUCGGGAUCAGGUCGGAACACCUGAUUCUGUCCAGCCCGUUGGGUAUAUCGGUCCACAUGAUCUACGACAUGUUCUUUUGACUUAUGCCUGUGUCAAAGCUGGCUACGCUGCCCUCUUCCUUUCCCCAAAAAAUAGCACUGUGGGCGCGAUCUCAGUCCUCGAGACAACAAAAUGCAAUAUCUGGGUAGGCGCGGGUGAAGUGGCCCCUGAGCCACUUGUUGAAGAUAUUCUACGAGAGCGCCCCAUGAAGCUAUUGCAGCUACCGUUGCUUGAAGAACUACUUGAUGCCGAGUCUGUGGAAAGUUUUCCUUUCUCUAAGACGUUUGAACAAGCAAUAAAUGAACCAUUUUGUUACCUCCAUACUUCGGGCAGUACAGGGGUGCCUAAACCGAUUCCAUGGUCCCACGGUCUCAUUGGCACCAUGGAUGCAGUCCGACUUUUAUCCCCGGCUGAAGGGUUUGAUGGGCUGCUUCCGUGGACCUCCGACUGGUUGGAUGGUGAUACCAUCUACUCGUCUUUCCCGAUGUGUCACGGGGCUGGUAUUAUUAUGAACAUUUUGAUGCCUGCAUUCUUCAACCUGCACUGCGUUAUAGGUCUAGCUGGAGCAUUGCCAAACAUCCGACUUGUCGAGACUCUUGCGGAUAAUGUCAAGAUCGAUAUUUGGAGUAUGGUUCCUUCCCUUGUUAAUGAACUUGGGGAAACGCCAGAGGUGCUUGCAAAGCUUAAGCCAUCGAAGUUCAUCUGCGCAUCUGGUGGUCCUGUGAGCCCGAUCAGCGCGGGCAAGGUCAAUGAUGUAGUGAGGGUGUUGAAUUUGACGGGCACUACCGAAGGUCUGUUUAUUGGCAACCUGAUUACUCCAAGGGAGGAUUGGUUUUGGUUCUGUUUCCAUCCAUACUCCGGGUUUGAGUUUAAGGAGAUUGGAGAGGAUACUUAUGAACAUUGGAUACACCGCAACGAACAUUGGCCCCUUUUCCAAGGUAUCUACCAUACCUUCCCCGAGAAGGAGUCAAUCAACUUCAAGGAUCUAUACAUGAAGCAUCCUUCCAAGCCUAACCUAUGGGCUUUCAAAGGCAGAAGUGAUGAUCUGGUAGUACUGUCCAACGGAUACAAGAUAACUCCACUUGAAACCGAAGAUCUUGUUUCAGUCCAUCCCGCAAUCAAAGGAUGCAUUCUUUUCGGGACUGGGAAGCCACAGGCAGGACUUCUCAUUGACCUCCACGACCCGUCUCAAAAGUCUGAAGAGCUUCUUGAUAGUAUCUGGGAGACAGUGAAGAAGGCAAACUCGAUGUCACGCCACAAAGACCAGCUACUCAAAGAUUUUGUCACCUUCACAAAGCCUGACAAGCCCUUCAUCUACACAGAUAAGGGGACAGUGAAGCGGGCAGCAACAUUGGCACUCUACGACAACUACAUUGACCGCUUUUACAGCUCCUUAAGUGAUGACCCUGAUGAAAUGGACGCUGUAUUCCCCAUUAACGUGGAAUCAACUGAUGAGAUCGAGAAGGGAGUUCGUGAGAUCCUAACGUCUUCAGUACCAGAAAUACAGCAGGCUCCUGCAGAUGCGGACCUUUUCGAGCUUGGCUUGGACUCUCUUGGUGUUUUUGCUGCUAUCAAAAAGAUUCGAAUGGCAACUAAGUUGGGCGAAAAUAUUGCCCCUAGGCAUGUGUAUGCCAACCCUACAAUUUCCAGCCUGUCAACAACGAUUGCUCAGCUGGCCGAAGAAGCAAAAGCCGCUAGCAAGGCUGGCGCUUCCAACCCGCCCAUGGACGAUGAAAUGGCAAAACUAAGAAGAAUGAUCGCUCAGCAUCAAUCUAGGCAAUCCUUCAAGCUGAAUGCAUUGGACUAUGUCAAUCCAAACCAUAACAUGGGACUUGUCUUUUAUUUCUCGCUCCGUGACGGGGUCAGCUACAAGGAAGUUUUCAACAAUUUGCAAGAGGGUCUCAACCGCACAUUCGACUUAAUCCCCGCUCUCAGUGGCAAGAUGAUGCAUUGUUCGGAGCAAGAAAUUGGUUACAAGAAGGGUGACCUUUGUGUGACCAUUCCUCCACUGUCCAUGGCAGCCUCCGCCGGCAACCGCCUUGUAUACAAGGAUCUUUCCGGAGUUCUUCCUGCCUUUGACAAGCUGCGACAGGCCGACUUCGCGCCAUCACUCUUCAAGGAUAGCCUUGUUCUACGAGAUGAUCCGAGGUCUAAAAUACCCGCAGACAUUUUUGCCGGACAAGUCAACUUUGUGGAAGGAGGUUGUAUUGUUGCCGUUGACUUGAACCACUGCUGUUUGGAUGGUCUUGGCGCUAUGGUUACUCUUAAGGUAUGGGCUGAAAACUGCCGAUUCCUUCAAGGCGACAAAACUGCAACUUGUAGCUGGUAUGACCCAGAGAGCUUCAACCAUAGUCUCCCAGAGAUACUCCAUGAGCAGGAAGGCUGGACUCGCCCAGUUGAUGAGGUAGACCCUGGAACAUGGGGUUUCCUGCCAUUCUUUCCCCCUGAGGACAGCCCUGCCCACCGUGAAUCUCUGUCGAGCCCCCUGGGCCCGAUCCCUGUUUUCCCCCUGCAUAAUGUCUGGCCUGUUCCUUGCGCUGAAAGAUGCAUGAAAACCACUUCAUUCCUUAUCACCCCGGAGAAACUCGAGAAAAUGAAGCAAGAUGUAAUUGCAGACCCAGAAGCAAAGGGUGUGAUCACAUCCAUUAGCGAUAUAGUGCAGGCCUUUUUCUGGCGUACUGCCAUCAGAGCCCGAUAUCGGGUAGCUAAGGAGAUCCGGAAACAAAAUUUUGGGUCGGACGAGAUGUCCAUUCUCGAAUUACCAACGGAUGGUCGUCCAUACUUCUCCACCCGCCUUCCAUCUACAUACAUGGGAAGUGUUCUCAUUAUGAACCGCUGCAGCAUCCCCGUGGAAAAACUUUGCGCUCCCGACACAAGUAUCGGGUAUGUUGCGUACAUGCUCCGCCAGAGUACCGCACGCAUUACCCCAUCGCUCGUGCAUGAUGCCUUUACCAUCCUGCAAUCACUUCCAGAUCACAGCCGAUUCUCGACUGCUAACAUGGGCCUUGAGCACAUGCACGCUAUGAUCUCCAAUAUGAUGCUCUUCCCCACUAGCGAGAUAUCUUUCGGCAAUAAGUUCUUUGCCAACGGAGGGUCCCCUGAGUCCAUGCGGCCGCAGGUCGACCGUGCUAAUGGCAUUUUCCGGUUCCUCGCCAUCUAUCCUAUGAAGAAGGACGGAGGCGUCGAGCUUGUCCUGGGAACCCAUGCAGAGGAAUUGGAGAUGUUUAAAACGGAUGCUGAGUUUACCAAAUACGCGGAUUUUGUUGAUGUUUGUUGA